UCUCCAGGACGCCCACAGGCUCCGCCCCUUUGGCCACGCCCCGCAUCCCGGGCUGCGGGAGCCGGAAGGAAGUCAGGAAACUUUUAUUAGCUGGGGAGGUGGAGGCCUGCAGCGGGGAAAGGACUGGCUGGUUUCCGCCGCGAGGCAGGGCCAUAGCGGGGGGCACAACGAAGCCCCCCUCUCCCAGCCGAAGGUUAGGCAAAGGCUCCUAGAGUUCCACACAAACCCCACAGGAACGCGGUGACGCCCCGCCGCGUAAUGCGCGGGAGCGCCCACACACAGCCACCGCCCCGUCGCUUCCGCCCCUCAGGAGCAUGGCGGCCGCGCUGCCGGCUCGGAUUGGACGCUGGCGGCCGCCCCUGGACAGUUAGCGACGCGAUUGGCCGCGGCCUGGAUGACGCCAGGGGGCGGGGUCCGGGCCGUGAAUAGGGGCAGCAUGUCGCCGCCCGGCCUCUUGCGCUCUGGGCUGUGGCGGAGACCGGCUAUGAGCCGGUGCGUUUUGGAGCCUCGGCCCCCGGGGAAGCGGUGGCUGGUGGCUGGCCUGGGGAACCCCGGACUGCCCGGCACGCGACACAGCGUGGGCAUGGCGGUGCUGGGGCAGCUGGCGCGGCGGCUAGGUGUGGCGGAGAGUUGGGCGCGCGACCGGCGCUGUGCCGCCGACCUCGCCCUGGCCCCACUCGGGGAUGCCCAGCUGGUCCUGCUCCGGCCGCGGCGGCUCAUGAACGCCAACGGGCGCAGCGUGGCCCGGGCCGCGGAGAUGUUUGGGCUGACUGCAGAGGAGGUCUACCUGGUGCACGAUGAGCUGGACAAGCCUCUGGGGAAACUGGCUCUGAAGCUGGGGGGCAGUGCCAGGGGCCACAAUGGAGUCCGUUCCUGCAUUAGCUGCCUCAACUCCAGUGCAAUGCCGAGGCUGCGGGUGGGCAUCGGGCGCCCAACGAACCCUGAGGCAGUACAGGCCUACGUGCUGGGCUGCUUCUCCCCCUCGGAGCAGGAGCUGCUGCCUCUGUUGCUGGAUCGAGCCACCGACCUGCUCCUGGACCACAUCCGCGAGCGAAGCCAGGGGACCUCAGCAGGUGUCAGCCCCUGACACUAGUAUCCAUGGCUGCCUGCCUGACCGCAGUGCCCACAGACCUGGCCAUGGCCAUAGAGCUGCCACGCCAACCUUGGUAUCCAUUAUUUAUACACUGUUCUCUGGGCUGCUCUGGGCUGCCUACAGAUUAAAGGGGGGGACUGUGGCUAGAACGGUCCGUUGCUGGAG